CGCCCUGGUGUCGGUGCGCCCCGUGCAUGCGCCGGGCUAUUAGUGCGUAGGGAGUAUGGCCGCGUCUUCCAGUGGGGAGAAGGAGAAGGAGCGGCUCGCAGGCAGCGUGGGGGCUGCCGGUGGUAACAGCACGCGAGAGCGGCUGCUGUCUGCGCUUGAAGAUCUGGAGGUCUUGUCGAGGGAACUUAUAGAAAUGCUGGCAAUAUCAAGAAACCAAAAGUUGUUACAAACUGGAGAGGAAAACCAGGUCCUGGAGUUGCUAAUUCACCGUGAUGGGGAAUUUCAAGAACUAAUGAAAUUGGCACUUAAUCAGGGAAAAAUUCAUCAUGAAAUGCAAGUUUUAGAAAAAGAAGUAGAGAAAAGAGACAAUGAUAUUCAGCAACUACAAAAACAACUAAAGGAAGCAGAGCAAAUCCUGGCAACAGCUGUUUACCAAGCAAAAGAGAAACUAAAGUCAAUAGAAAAAGCAAGAAAAGGUGCUAUUUCCUCUGAAGAAAUAAUUAAGUAUGCACAUAGGAUUAGUGCAAGUAAUGCUGUGUGUGCUCCACUGACCUGGGUUCCAGGGGACCCGCGGAGACCAUACCCAACUGACUUAGAGAUGAGAAGUGGAUUAUUGGGUCAAAUGAACAAUCCUUCCACUAAUGGUGUGAAUGGUCACUUACCAGGGGAUGCACUUGCAGCGGGCAGACUGCCAGAUGUCCUUGCCCCCCAGUAUCCGUGGCAGUCAAAUGAUAUGUCCAUGAACAUGUUACCACCAAAUCACAGUAAUGACUUUCUGUUGGAACCUCCUGGGCAUAAUAAAGAAAAUGAAGAUGAUGUAGAAGUUAUGUCAACCGACUCUUCAAGCAGUAGCAGUGACUCUGAUUAAAAAAACAUGAAAGACAUGAUACAGAAUUGGAUGCUAUAGAAUUCAGUUUCUUGAAACAGUGGCAGGGAAAUGUUGACUACAAAAUAACCAGGUAAAUACUGGCUAUGGUAGAUUUUUGCAGCCUGUUAAAAAAGUGAGCUUUCUUUUUAAAGCCAAAAUCAUGGUUUUAGUUCUAAUCCACUAGGCAGAUAAUUUAGGGAAUAGUCAAAAUUUACUGUUGCCAAAAAAAAAAGAAAGAUUAUUCUGUUGUUAUUAUUCUGCUUUCUUACCCUGUUGUGUUCCAUUUGUGCUGGAUUUGUACAUAGCAGUUCUGGAAAGAUUCAAAGGAAAUUAUCUAAGUAUAUCUCUAACAGGCUUCCUGGAAUUAGGAAAGCAGUUUUAAAAGGCAGAGGAUUACUGAAUCUGCGUCAUAUUUCUGAAUAACAGAAAUCCUCAUUUGAAAUUGAAGGCUCUGACUCUGUUACAGGAACAGGGGAAAUGUCUCAUUUUGUACCAUCUGUAAUUAUUGUAAUUUUGUAAAUAAAUUUACUUUUGUUUUUA